UAUCGCUCGUUUCAACUACUCUUACUACUAAUCCCUCCCAACGAUCCGAUGUAUUUUUCUUCAUCCGACCGACUCCAUCAAGAAAACUGAUAUAAAUUUCAUCUCUUAAAGCAUAUAAAUGACGUUGUACAAUCACAAUGCCUUCCGAAAAAUCCCAAUAUAUACCACCACCCCCAAUACCAACUUACGAUGAAGCGACCGGCGGGAAUUCAUCAGGCCACCGACCUCAUUCGCCAAUAGAUACGAGACCCAACCACGAAACCGAAGCGCAAUCACUUCUCUUCUCACGAUCCCGGCAGACUGACUCAUCAAGACGUGCGCCCGACGGUUAUCGACCUCCUUACGUAGAGUCAGACGAUGAAGGAUCGCAAUGGACGCUCGAAGAAGAUGACAGCGAUGAUGGUGAUGAUGGUGAAGGUACGCGCGUCCGGCGCGAAAUGCAAGAGCUGGAAGUUGAAGAUCCAUUAGAUGAUACAAGUUCCAGAUCAUCUACAUCAUCGUGGACAAAACGGAUAGCAUCUUCUCUACCCCAAUGGAAAUGGCAAUGGCGAUGGCGACUUCCCAGGUUUACUGUUCGAUUACCUCGCCAAAACGAUGUGACGAAUGAUCAAGAUAACGAGCCGACCGAGAGAAGGAGGUUUAGGUUGCCGAAAAUAAAUAGCGCCGCUGCUAUACUCUUGGUUGGUAGAUUGCUCGCCGUUUUCUUAAUUCUAGGCUUCCUCUACAUCCUCUUCAUGAGUGAUCUUUUCACAAAAAUGACGAGGCGUAUUGGUGGGCACAUGUUCGACCCUGAAGCUGUGCGACAAUAUGUACAAGCCGAAGUUAACUCCGAUUCGAUGAGAAAUACUCUCAAGCACUUUACGAGCUACGCACAUAUCGCGGGAACCGAAGGCGACUAUGCGCUAGCAAUGGACGUGCGGAACGACUUCAUGAAUUAUGGAUUGGAGGAUGUAAUGGUCGACGAAUACCAGGUUUACCUAAACUUUCCGAUUCCAGGUGGCAGAGCUGUACAGAUCAUGUCUGAAGAUGGAAAGGAAGCUGCGUGGACUGCUGCCUUGGAAGAAAAUGAAGUUGGCGAAGAGACGGCCGGUCAUCAAACACUUGUAUUCCACGGACAUUCUAAGGCUGGCGAUGUGAAAGGACCACUAAUCUAUGCUAAUUAUGGAUCGAGAGAAGAUUUCAAAAUGCUAGCAGACAAGGGAAUCGACACGAAAGGCGCCAUCGCGCUCGUGCGCUAUUAUGGCACUCAAGGCGAUAGGGCUCUGAAGAUCAAAGCAGCAGAAUUGGCUGGAUUUGCCGGAUGCAUCAUAUACAGCGACCCGGCAGAUGACGGCUUUGUAAAAGGGGAGCCAGCUCCCAACGGACGAUACAUGCCAGCGGACGGUGUCCAGAGAGGUGGUGUCAGUUUAAUGAGCUGGGUAGUAGGCGACGUGCUUACCCCUGGUUGGGAAAGCAAGGAGGGCCAGCCUCGGAUGGAGAAGAGCAAAGCUGCAGGUCUUGUCGGCAUUCCAAGUCUACCAUUGGCCUGGCGCGAUGCUCAAGUGCUCCUACAGCAUAUCCAAGGCUUCGGCGAGCCGUGCCCAAAUGACUGGCAAGGGGGCGUACCUGAUGUCGAGUGGUGGUCAGGAAAUUCAUCGUCGCCGAUCGUGCGACUGAAGAACGAACAAGACGAGAAUGAACGACAGAAGAUCUGGAACAUCUACGGAAAAAUUACCGGUAUCGAGCAGAAUGAGAAGUCAAUCAUUAUUGGCAACCAUCGUGACGCUUGGUCCUUUGGUGCGACGGAUCCUAAUUCGGGAACCGCAAUCAUGCUCGAAGUUGCUCGCAUCUUUGGCGAUCUCCUAAGUAGAGGGUGGAGACCACUUCGCACAAUCGAAUUCAUGAGUUGGGAUGCCGAAGAAUACAACUUAAUCGGCAGUACAGAAUAUGUUGAGAAUAACCUAGAGGCUCUACAGAAAAACGGCUUUGCUUAUAUAAAUCUGGACACUGCUGUUUCCGGCCAGGAGUUCCAUGCUGCCGCGUCUCCAGUGUUUCGAAAAGUUCUCUACAAAGUGCUCGACAGAGUCGUCGACCCCAAUUUCAACGCUACGCUGCGUGCCCUGUGGGAUGGUCGCAAUGCAGAGCUCGAGGGCCUCGGCGCUGGUAGCGACUACGUCGCAUUCCAGGACAUUGCGGGUACCAGCUCUAUCGACAUUCGAUUUGACGGUGCCAUGCACCCUUACCAUUCUUCAUAUGACAACUUUGACUGGAUGGAUCGUGUUAGUGACCCGGGCUUUGUAUAUCACAACCUCCUCGGCCAGGUUCUUGGGCUCCUCAUCCUCGAACUAGCCGACAGACCAGUUUUACCUUUCGACAUGGGCAACUAUGCACUGGCUCUCGGCCGCUAUCUAGGAAACCUAUGGCAGUGGGGCGAAGAUAAGGAUGUCAACAAACACUAUACUCUGGACCCAAUCAAGGAUGCAGUUACUGAGGUCGAGAAGGCCGUCUCGGAAUUCGAGAGGUGGGAAUCUAAUUGGCAAUCAGCCGUUUUAUCAUCAAACGGGUGGGAACCAGUAGGGUUAGGACAAAAAAGAGGUGACUAUAACAGUCGUAUGGCUGACUUUGAGAGUGGUCUGCUUGAUUUGGAAUUUGGUGGCGGGAUUCCAAACCGAACCCAAUUUAAGCAUGUCGUAUUUGGUCCGCAGCUGUGGUCCGGAUAUGACGAGGCGUAUUUCCCAGCCAUUCGGGACGCCGUGGACGCGGAGGAUUGGUCGCUGACCCAAAAGCUCAUCGACAAGACCGCAGGUAUCAUAGCGAAGGCGGCUAAAGCGCUGUUGGAAUAAUGGUCAGCUCGAAAAGGGUGCCCUAAUUUCAAGAAAGCUUCUUGUGGGUUAUAAUGGGUUGCAUUGCUCGGCGUCAACGG